ACCAUCGUGUUUUAGUUGUAAGCAAAGAUGGAUGCCUGUUAUAGACUCUUCAGCAAUGACUAGUUUUGUAACUAACUAAAGUAUUAAGAGGUAGACUUGAGAAUACCAUGUGGCGGAGCAGGGGAACGGAAGCUACCGUCCCGAAUAAGCACCACGAGAGUUUGAGAAUGGGAGUUGUCGUUGCCGGAGAAGAGUUGCGAGAUUGGAGGUGCCGUCACCGGAUUUUUUUUUUAGAGAACAACAGUAUCUUAGAUCUAGGGAUUUGGAUUUUAGGGAAGAGGGGUUUCGGCAGAAGGUUAGUCUCUGCUUCGUAUUUUAUUUAAUAUUAUAAAAAUGCCAUCGAAAUUCCAGAAUGUCGAUUAAGAUUUGAGUGGAUCUCCAUUUUUCCCGAUUCCACUCUGAUCACAUCUAAUAUCUGCUCUGGGAUGAUGUUGCUUAGCCAAGUCAGACAUUGUUAUGCUCCAUAAGGCAUCCUCUUUGAAGCUUUUUCCAUUCUUCAUUAAAGAGUUAAAUUGGCAAUCUCUUUGGGAGUCUGAUCUAGCUAUUCCGAGGAUGCCUUUUGUAGAAGCAUUUCUCUGAUGAUAAUCUUGGGAUUGGUUGCUCCUGACUAGCGUUUUAUGUUUUUAUUCCUUGUGUUCUUUAUCCUUUUUGCUUAGUCAUGAUUCAUCAUAUUCACUAAGGCUUAUUUCAGAGAAUAUUUAUUACUGUGGCAUGGUUGCAACUUGCAAACUUGCAGAUUUUGUGAUGCCUAAGCCUUCUUUCUCUUCAUCACGAGGAUGAAAUUAAUGAAAAGUAAAAAGAAGUAACUCACUCUCUUAGGACUACAUUUUUGUGAAAAUGGUCCUUACUGAGAUGUGAAUUUUAUUUAGAUUGAUAGUCACUUAAUUCUUUUGUUUUCAGUUGUCAUCAAUUAUGGUUAAUUUUCUUGUGGAGGGUAACAAGCUAAUACAGAGUUGUAAAGAAGGUGUGAUUUUUAGAACUUUGAAGCUCCUCUUUUGGGGAUUUCCGUUACAGGGUUAGUUUUUUGUUUUCCAUUUUCUCGUCUUUUAUCAUUUCUUACUGAUAUUAGAGAUUCAUUAAGAACAACAUUAGCAAUCAACUAUCUUGAGCAAUAUUUUUUGUGAUAGUGACUUUGUACAGUUUUGUUGUGAAAGGGGGUAGGGGGAUGUUUCUCAUUCUUCCUGACAAACAAGCAUAUAAGGGUUUGAUGUGAAAUUGUUAAGGGUGUGUAGUGGAAUUCUGUCGGUAAUUUUCUUUAUUGAUUUUGUUAACGCUGAGCAAAUGAUUCAAUUCUUAUGGCUUCAUUUAUGCUGUGGUUCAAUUUACUCUUGGCAGAUGAUAGCUCUUGGUAGUGGCUAUAUUGGAGAUCUUUCUAAAAGAUGCAGCAAGAAAAGCCUCUGGAAAGGAAAUCAGGUUGGAGACUGGGUGACUCGUUUAUCUCUUCAAGGGCAAUGUCCUUCAUAUUAGGCACGUAGGCCUCCUAAUAUUUUGUUUUCUUUGCUAAUUCGGAAUGGUAGUGUACUUGAUGGAAAUUAUACUUAAAUACUGUAUAUAAUUUCCAAUUUCUCAAAAAAAAAAAAAAAAGCCCAACAACAUAGGCAUGAUAUUCUAAUAUUAAAUUAUGAUAUUGACC